GGUUUUCAGUCGCCGGCCGGCGGAAGGAGGAAGUGCGCGGUAUAUUUUGCUGUGUUUCCGGCAGCUUAUUUGCUGCCUGUUGUUUGGGUGGAAUAGUGAGACUUGUUGAUUUUUAUCUUUGAAUAGUUCACUUAUUUGUACAAAACACCGUGGAGGGUACUACUUCUUAGCCAGACGAGAACUUGGACCCUGUAAGUGGGCACAAUUUUCAGGUGUUUCGGGGAUGUUGAAAUGGAGGCAGGUAGUUCCCUUUCCCAUAAGAGUGAAGAGACUGAAGCACAAGGUGAUAAAGUCUGCACAGAAGUAAAAGAACAUGAUGCAGAAGCAACAAACCCAGAAGAUGGCAUAAGAGAAGCAGUUACAGAAGAAGCACAAAAUGAUGAAUGUGAGGGAUCUGUGUGCUCUACAGAGGAAGAAGUGGUGCCUGAUGAAGAAAAAGAUGCAUCCAGUGACAAGGAGCUAUCUGACUCUGCCUCAACUGACAACACCUUGGAGGACUCCAGUGAAUUUUCUGGGAGGCCCUUAGUUGUGUGUGAAAAAAAAGAACUUUGUUCUCCCUUUGGAGCAGACUUGGUUUCCUCACACAGGGAAGAAGAUGUUACAGCAGAAAGCUGGCGCAUGCACAGGAAGCAUGUCUUUGUGUUAAGUGAAGCUGGCAAGCCAAUUUAUUCCCGCUAUGGGAAUGAGGAGGCUUUGUCCUCCACCAUGGGUGUGAUGAUGGCACUGGUAUCAUUCGUGCAAAGUGGAAACAACAUAAUCCAUUCAAUUUAUUCAGAUGAUCAUAAAGUGGUUUUCCUUCAGCGGGGCCCUCUGGUAUUAGUAUCAGUUUCACGAACAUUGCAGUCUGAGAUUCAGCUCCAUAGUGAACUCCUUUAUGUAUAUUACCAGAUUAUUAGCAUGUUAACUCAAGCCAGUGUUGCACGCAUUUUUGAACGCAAGAAGAAUUAUGAUUUAAGGCGGCUUCUUACUGGCUCUGAAAAGAUCUUGGAUAACCUCCUGAAUCUCAUAGAUUCUGAUCCUAGUUUCCUUCUGGGAGCUGUGCAGUGCCUCCCCCUCUCAUCUUCUCUACGAGAGUCCCUCAGUCAGAUCUUACAGAAGGCUACAACUUCUAACCUGGUCUUUUCCAUCCUUAUUGCUAAAAAUCAGUUGGUCACGAUUGUGCAAGAGAGGACCGUGAUUGAUGAUACUCGUCUAGAUCCUGUGGACCUUCAUUUGUUGCUCAAUUUAAUUCGUGCUUCAUCUGCUUUCCAAGCUGGUGAGGUAUGGACUCCGAUCUGUUUACCACGCUUCAACCCAAAUGGCUAUUUCUAUGCUUACAUCUCUUACUUGGACCCAGACUGCACAGUAUGCCUCCUCUUGCUUUCUACAGACAGGGAGGCAUUCUACUCUAUCUCGGAUUGCAAGAAAAAGAUUGAAGAAAGCAUGGCUACUCAUAACUCUAUUCAGGCUAUCUCUUCUGCCCUGCAAAGCCAGUCUUACAGCAUCUCACUAUUGGGGGUGCCAGACCUAAGACACUUCAUGUACAAACCACUGGAUAUCCCUGAAAACCAUAAGCAGCUCACUCAGCUUACAAGUCCUGAAGUAGAAGCUCCUUACUGCAGUGAAGAAGAGAAGGUGAGGCUUUUUGACCUGUAUCGUUAUCUGCAUAGUCGAAUCCAUAGCACUACACGUCCUUUGAGGCUUAUAUAUCAUGUGGCAGAGAAGGAAACUCUCCUGGCUUGGGUGACCAGAAAGUUUGAGCUAUACACAUGUUUCAGUCCCUUGGUAACAAAGGCAUCUGCCAUCAAUGCCAUCACCAAGUUGCUUCGCUGGAUUAAGAAAGAGGAAGAUCGUCUGUUUAUCCGCAACCCACCCAAAUAUACCACUGCAUCAAACACCAGCAGGGGAUCAAGAAGCAGCCGGGGUGGGAGUGAUUCGAUUGACAAUGGCUUCCUAACUCUACUGUAGGAGUCAUUGCAUGUUUAUUUUCUACGUGGUAUAAUUAUUUGAGGUCAAAGUCUUUCUUUCUCUUUCAGUAUUAGUAGUAAAUGUUGCACAUGUGCCAUUGGACUUGGAACCAGUUUGCACAAUGGCCUGAAUGCUUGGAUACCAUAUUCAUGAUUAUUCUUUUACAAGCCUUGAAGGAUUAUAAAAUUAUCUCUCCUCAUCCAUGAAAUACUUGAGUGCAUGAGCUGAAACUAUUUGGAACUGUUUGUACUAAUGACUGCCUCAUCUCGGAAAUUGAUGGGAUUUACUAAAAUGUCAUAUUUAAUCAGGUAGCAAGACUGUGGUACAUUGCCACAUCUGUUGGUGCAUGACUCUUAUGAUACCACAUCUGGUUGUUGGUGCAUGGUUCAUUUUUAUGAUGCUAGGUUUAUCUUAAGUAAUAAUCCUACUUUCAGAGCAGCACAGCCAUAUUAGUGGAACUGCCCAAAACUGACAAAUACAUACAUAGCAGCAGUGCUUUUGAAGCAUGUUUUAGACAAGCUUGUUGGUGUGCUGUUCUUGCAGUGCAUCAUUUUGUUAUUUUGCUAGAUGGGAUCAUCUUUUACUUUUCUGCACACAGAGGAGAAAUUUAACCAUUUCACAUUUGUAUACCUUAUAGCUUAUCAGCUUUUGUGGACAUUAAGAACUGACUGUAGUGAACUCCUCCUGCUUUACAUGGCUGGAAAGAAUGCCACCUGUGACCCUAUUGUCAGUAAGCAGAAUUUUGCAAUUCAUAGCAUCCAGUCACUGAGCUUAUUAACAUUUUUUCACUGUCAUUAAACAGUCAUUCAGAGAUUUGCUAGCCUACAUUUAACUCUUCCAUAGUCACACUGCAAGGAAGAACACUGAUUGCAUUGCACUGCAUCUACAACAUAGUUUAUGCAGGCAGCUAAUUUGUACAGUGCCCCCAGUGGUGGGGUGUACUUAAAUGAGACAAAAAUUGAUGUAUUUUUAAUUUUGCUUCUGGAGUCAUGGCAUUCUGUACGUUGAUUAAGCAGCCUAAAUGUGCAAUAAAAGCAUUUAAUUGAACAGGUAAAAUUAAACUGUUUUACUUGACCAAUUAAAUGAUAGUCUAGUUAAUGGAGUUUUUUAUGAAGCACUUCCAGGCAGUUCCUCUUCAGGCUGCCAGUGCCAAGAAAUUUCACACUUCAUUAGUUUGUAUGGACAGGUGUGAAUGAGUUAAUCAAGUGGAAAAAGAGAAGCAAGCUCAGGUCAGGGUAGUCUGGGCAAGGGAUAGACUUUUCUUUAUUCUGCCUUUAGCUAUGGAGUGUUCUGCUUUCUUUGGGUAGAGAAGCAGGAUGAAGAUGGUAUGCAUACUUUUCUGAUAAUGUGCAUUGACAUGCAAGACAAAAGCUUCUUUUGUUACAUCAACUCAAGAAGGAAGGGUAGAGUACAAGAAAAAAAUCAGUCAGAUCUCAGUAUCACUGUUGAAGUAUGUUUUUAUAUACACACACACACACACACACACACACAAAUAUAGAUGUAUGUAUUAAAGACUAUUUGUUAAACCACUUGUUAAUGGAUUCAGAGAAGCUGAUAGUAAAAGGUUGACCGCAGAAAAGUCAGUGCAUCUCAAUCCUAGGUCAUAUUGAUGUCCUUCUCAUCUUUUGAUGUCCUGUGUGUCGUGGAGCAGAUUGGAAUUUUUUUCUCUAGUGCCUCCUGACUGCAAAAAGUUGUAGCAGUAGGUAGGACUCUGUCCAGCUGAAGGUAAUGCUUCCUUUUUUGAUUGGGCUAACUUUCAGUGAAUUCUGAAGCUGCUGCUCUUUUCAUUCACCAGAGGUAGGAUAUGGUUCUUCUGUGGAUUGAUGUCUAUAAGUUAAUAUUUAAGCACAAAAAACAUUUACAUAGAUGUAUAUAUUUUGUAAUGUAAAAUAACAGAAGUGGUGAUGAUAGAGAUGAAUCUGCCAUAAAGGCACUGCCACAGGUAAUAUUUUCAUGAUCUUUUGUUUAUUCUUUAAGCAUUUCAGAUAAAAGUUGAAAAGAACUAAAAUGCCUUUGACGGGGCAUUGUAUGUGUGGCUAGAUUUCAUCCAGCGCUGUACAUUUAACAGUAAUAAAAAAUGUAUAUAUGUCAUCAUCA